CAGCGGUCACCCUCGAGUCAUGUCCGGGUGCUCCGGCGGAAGUAAGAACGCUCUGCUUCUAGGCAGAACGGAAGUUGCGUGACGUCAUGCGACAAUUCAGCCCAGAGAAACGAAGAAACUCGCGGAGAAGAAGAUCAACAUGAAUCAAAGAAAACCUGUGAGAGGCCGUCAAAAUCAGCUCUUCAGCCUAAAUCAGAUUCAUCCCAAUCCAAACCAGCUAAACGUUGGGAAUGACCGAUCUCGCCAUCAGAAGAUGUCAAGCUCUCAGCUAGUUCACUUUCUGAAAACAAGCAGAAAUCAAGCAUCUGGAUGUCUGUCAUCAGCUGAUGAAGUCAAAUCCUUCAAACUAAACCUCAGUGCAGCGGCGUUUGUGGAUCAGAGAGUCACGGCUUUGAGCGGAGCCGCGGAGAAUAAGAUCUUUCCUAAGGAGAACACACCUGAACCUGGGAUUGCAGAGAAAGCAAGCAGCGCUGAGGUUUCCGGCCACUGGACGAUCACCUCAAACACCGAGCUGUGGGACACUGGGCAUAUAUUCUCAGGUCAGGUCUUGUCAGAGCCGUUCCCAGAUGGAGUUACAGAUUAUAAUUCCCAAGGUGAGUGUAAAGUUCCUGACCUCUGGAGCCGAAGUACGUGUCCCUCAGCAGAAGAAGCGUGGCGUCUGAAGGAAGGUCAAAGCCUGGACCCUGCACAUGUCCAAAUCCCAGAGUUUCAGAGUCGCAGGUUUGAGGAGAUGCCAGUUACUAUCAGCCACAUUGUUAACCCCAACGAGUUCUUCAUCCAACACAAGGACACACGUCUCUCUGAACUCUCUGAAAUCAUGCUGAGGAAUAGCAGCAGAUCUUUUGCGGAGAUGAACCUCAUCCCAGACAUUGGAGUUUAUGUCACGGUUUGGUUUCUCAAGGAAGAGAUGUGGAGCCGCGGCCAGAUCAUCAGAAUCUUUCAGAGCAGUCCAGAGCAGAGCAGCGGAGGUUGCUCCGACGUCAGGGUGGAGGUCAGGAGGAUUGACUAUGGAGAUGUUGUUUGCGUCUCUCUUUGGGAUGUUAAGGAACUGUGUGGAGAAGCAGCAUCUAUACCCGUACAAGCGCUGCAGGUCUCUCUGGUGAAUGUGAGGCCAGUGAAUGGAGAAACAUGGUCUUUUGAAGCCAUCAGCUGGUUCAAGAGUAAAGUGCAGAACAAGACUCUUUAUGCCAGGCUUUACCCAGAAGUAGUAGUUCUGGCUGAACUCUUCAUGGAGAAGGGAAAGAUUGGCGCUAUGAGGAGAGGAGACUCUCUGUCUGUGAGACUUGCUCAGAAUAGAUUUGCCAUUCUUGAGUGUAACACACUCAGGAGCCUAAAGAGAAGUGACGUCCCAGAACGAAGCAGACAGCAGACAUGGGAGAAGUACCUGAUCUCCUGUUACAGUCACAACAGGAGAUGAUGUUCACAGCGAUCAGAAAACCUCCAUGCUUUAGUCAUUCUUCAUUACUGUACGACCACAGACAUACAUACAAUAUCUACUGUAGCUGGGCAGUUUUCAUAGUCUGUUUGAUUUAGAUUUUUUUCUUCAUAGUUUUGUGAACACCUGUACAGUGUUACAAGAGAGUUUGUAUUACAGGAAAUACUUGAUGUUUAUCACUGUAGCCUGUGCUCUUUUUGGUUUAGAUGAUUCACAAUUAACCAGAAACUGUAAGAAAUCUAAGAAUUUGAGUUCACUUUGUGUCUUCUACUGUUCCUGCACAUUUGUUUUACUACACUUGCUGUCUCUUGCAGAUCUGGUAAUAAAUAUAUAUGUCUAUAUAUAGUUCAGUUAGUUGAAUCAGAAGUAACAGGGUUUAUUCCUGCAAAAGAGCUUUCUUCAGUCCAGUUAAUGCCAGGUUCCCCUCUUUGCCGUGUGCAGCUCAACACUCGUCUCUGUCUCUUCACCUGGUGCACUGGCUGGGAAGGUUCUGCUGUAACAGUUACUUUGUAAAAUCCUUACCACAUGCGUUUUUAAGAUCAGACAAGAACAACAAUUUACAAUAAAUGAUCUUGAAUGUGUUUGUGGGAGCGUGGACCGUGUGCUUCAUGUUUUCUGUGCAGCGAGUGAAAGCACAGACGGUGAGAGCUGAAAGGGACGUAUUCACACUGUUACUGUACUCGGCCUACUCUACAGCUCCUGAUUCAGACCUUUCUCUCCCUCAUACCGAGCAGACUGCUGAUGUGUGGAGUGGAGGAAUGAGCUUGAGAUUACACAGCGGUGUUCUGAGGUGAAGAACAUGAAAACUGAAUUUAAGGAGUAAACAUUAACAAUAGAGGAGCCAUAAACUCAAGGGCCAUCAUUUGAAAACCCUGGUUUAAAAUUGUUUCUGCCUUCUCAAACCGCAGCAUACUUAAGAGUCAUCUGUUGAGCUGGUACGUGUGUAGGGUUCUGAUGGGUCUCCUGUUAAUUCCCAGUCAUCUUUAGUUUCCUUUGUUGUCUGUUAACACACCUGUUCUUUUUUCUGUUGAUUACACUUAGUCUGUAUUUAAACCCUCAGGUUAUGUGGUUUGCCAUUUUCCCUAAAUGUUUCAAAAUCUGAAUAAAAACUGUCGAGUGGACAAAAUUUUCACAUUUCCGUCCUAUCUCGUGCUCUUAAGCUGAUGAACAUAGUGUCCGGUUUAAGAGCCUUGUUAAGAGCAGUGAACUACUCUUCAGUUUUGGUUCUGUUGGAGUUAAGUGCGGCUUUUG